CUCUCUCUCACUCCUCUUACUCGCCCACUUAGUAUCAUUUCAUCUCUUCCUUCCUUCCUCUCCCCCUCUUUCUCUCUUUUUCUCAUGUGCGCCUCUCGCACAUGCACUAACAGUCAGAGUGCUCUGACGGAUGGGGAUACACUGCCAAGGCGGACUAAGGGGUGAGAAGAGUGUGUUUCUUCUCUGCACUGGUGUGCUUUUCUUCUCUUGCGCCUGGCUUCCCUCACGAGCUGGUAAUUUUAAACCCCGGCCCCGAGGAUGAGGAGGAUCUUAUUGUGACGAAGACGCAACAAAGGGAAGAGGGAACCAAGAAGCAACAGGGUGGGAAAUUCUGCUCGCGUGAGAAAAGCACAUCUUUUUCUGUUUCGGCUGGAUCGAGCAAGGAGUCCAGUCUCCCAGCAGCAGCCAUGUGACAGGAGCUGUCACCAAGCAGAGGAUGCCCACAUCCUGCUAAAGCAGCGCUGCCUUCCCCCUCCCCCUCCUGCUCCCUCCCUUCCUCCCACAUGAGGACAAGAAGAUGACUAUCACCAACCGGCAGUCCUUCAAUGUCCUGACGGUCAUCUUCCUCCUGCUGUCCACUGCAGCCCUCUCAGCUCAUUACCGAGUGUGCGAGCCCUACUAUGACCACAAAGAGCGUUUUCACUUCGGCUUUCACUGUCCUCGCCUCUCAGACAACAAGACCUACAUGUUCUGCUGUCACCACAACAAGACUGCCUUCAAGUACUGCUGCAACGACACGGAGUUCCAGAUGGUCAUGCAGGUCAACCUCACCACCAUAUCAGAUGGUUAUGGACACAAUAAUUAUACAGCCCUGGUUGGCGUGUGGAUCUACGGCUUCUUCGUCAUGGUGCUGCUCGCCCUGGACUUUCUUUACUACUCAGCCAUGAACUACGAGUUGUGCCGGAUCUACCUAGACAAGUGGGGUCUGGGAGGACGCUGGCUGAAGAAGGCUCGGAACCAGUGGCACCAAUCCAUGCCGGAGGAGAGUGAGGUCCAGGCUCAAGCCCAGCCCAUGGUCCCCAGCCACCAUCAGCCCAGACACAGCCUUCGAGGGGAGAGCCACAGCCCCACACUCCUGCCCUACGACACCUCCACUGCAUGAAUCAUGCUAUACAGAUGGACACAUUGGAGAGAAGCCAGACCUGGUUUCCUAAUGUCCUAUGGAGGAGAUAUCCCAUAUCAGCCUUCUGGACUGCAGAGAAAAACACACUAACACUGGCCAAGCCAAUACUGUAGUAGGUUUAAGGGACCACUGCCUCUGUGUGAAGAGCACAAAACAACCAUGCAAUCACAGACGCAGGUCUGUAUGACAGUGAAAAGCGGUUGAAAUCAAGGCAUAUGUGUUUGCCCUGAAACAUCUGGAAACGCCUGCAGUGUCCAGAAACAAAUCCAAGCGGACAAACUAUGAAACCGAUGGAAAAGCUUGGCUCUCUUCGAAAAAAAAAAAAAUCAUCUUUCUAGAUAGAAAAGUGUUAAUUACACUGCUGUGUCACUUUGUGUUCAGUAGCAGUUAGACACAGUUUUGGGUAUUUCUAUUUGGUGAUUUAUUUAUGUGAACUAGUCAGAAGAAUAUGAGUGGCUACCUUUCUGAACAUGUGACGGCCUAGUUUGAUGCUGAGCAUCUCACCUAGAAUGUGUUUUUUGUUACCUGCUAAAACAAGACUUAAAUGUCUGUGUGUGAAAUGGUUUGGGCCUUCCCUUCUGCAAAGCCACUGAAUUGUCUGUUGCGUGUCUGGCCAGGAAACACACACACACACAAGCAUCAUACAGUUGAACUCAGAGCUUAACUUGUUGGAAGUUCUGUCUUUACACCCAGAACUUAAUUGAUGAUCAGGGAUGUGUUCGAGACAGAAAGCAGCUUUAUACCUAGUCAAACACAACUGCAGACCUUAGCGUUCAGACCCACAAUGACCCUACACACACUUCUGAGGCUCGUGUGUGACAUUUUCACUGGCCUGGAGCAGCAUGGAAAGUGGCUUCAUUAGCAAUAUAAUACAAGAAUAUCCAGGCGCACGGCAUGCCCUGCAACACAAAUGACAGAGACUAUAAGCAAUUAGCCAUAUCAGAAUAUGUUUAAAAAGAAUCCCCCUUUUAUUUCCAGCAAUAAUGUACAGCACCUUGAUUAGAGAGAAAGCUCGGUGAGAAAGGUCAAAGGUUCCUCCCUGAAAGUCACUGUAUUAAAGCAGCAAUGGCUCAGCUUAAACCAGAGGAAACUUUCAGGAGAUUACAAACCCCUAAAAGGUCUCUAAAAAUGUCAGCUUUGUAAAGAUAGACCUAGCACAUGUAUGAUUUGUUUAAAAAAAAGUCUCAAAUUUUCUAGUAGGAUAUAAGAAAUUAUUGAUUUUAUUUUUAAAGAAAUUAAUGUGCAGUUUUAGUCACAUUAGAGUAUAAAGGGUUUCCUGAUCGUCCACUAAAAUACUGACAGAAACAGUUAUUUAAUGAGAAAUUAAUUUGACAUUAUUGUCAAUGCUGACUGGAAAAAAAAUCUAAAAUAUACUCUACUGUUCUGUAUUAUUGUCUGAUUUAAGAAGAAUUUCAGUCGUUUUGACUAAUAGAAAGCACAAAUCUUUUGUAAAACUCAUUUUCCACCUGAAACCAAAUGGUUUUUGGCAGCCUUAGAAUUACCUGACAAUUUUUCUCAAAAAAGUCUUCCUGUCUUUUUGGGAUGAAAGUCCACAAAGCAGCCGCUGAUGCCAUUGUUAAUCCGUGUGACAGGAUGUGAAGAGCAAGUUGGCAGAAAGCACGUAGUGUAUUAGCGGUGUGUCCGUUCCAAUCUUGCAUCUGCAACUUGUAAAAAUGACAGCUGUGGAGGCUGCAUGUCCACUGAAGAAAUAAUCAUUCGGAAAUGGCGAGAAAAUCCGAUUUCAUUCAAAUGAAGGAAAACAGAGAGGGCGGAACUUCAAACCUUAUCUCUAUAACUUCUACUAGUCUCAAACUACCUAACAGGUCUGCCAGAGUCAUCCCCAAGUUAUCUGCAAUAAUAUUCAAAUUUGCCGAGUUGUUAGAGCAGCCUAAUUCUCAUUUCAAUAGCUGGAGUUUAAUUGGAUCUGUGCCCCAGCAGACUUGUGCCAUCACUUCCAGGGGCACAGAGGCAGGAUGUGUCCAAGUGAAAUAAUUGGCCAAGCGAUCAGCACUGGCUCUAAUUUACUCCUCUAACACGCUCACCCGGUUCUCCGAGUGAGAACAGCAGAACCAAACAGCGAGGUGAGAUUUGUAGCAGGUGCAGCAGGACAGAAAAGUUUUAAUUAGUCCUCAAAGCUGAAGAAGUGGGUAAAAUCCGAUGCUUUAUGGUGGAAAUCUUGCUUUAUGAGGGUUCAGUGUAGUGUGUGACCCAUAAUAAAGACAAGGAGAUGUGUUCUUAUCAACAGUUAUGUAACACAAAAGCAUCACUUAUCCUCUGAUGUGUUUCAGGGUCAAACAGGGGGAUUCUUUCCUCGUUUUUAACGUAACAACAUGGUUUUGUGAUGUUUUUGUUCUGUUAGAAACAGUUUUGACUCUGGCCUGAUGUAGUGUGGUACUGUAAACUGUAUCAACUCAACCCUCUUUCCAUAUUUAUAUCAAACGUAAAGGAAAAAAAUAAAUGGCGCAGGAAGACGGUGGCACACAUCUGUUUCAGUCUCUCCUGGUUGUCAUGGUAAUAGAUGCCUUAUAGUUGAACUCCCACCUGUACACAGAAAGAAGCUUUUUAGUGGUUGAUACCUCACUUUUAUGGGUGUGGUGGUGAUGAUGAUGACGUGCACCAGAUUCUGUCUAUGUACUGAAAACUAGAUAGAAUAUAACUGUUCUCAGCUGGAUUGUUACUUCAGUUGUUUGACUUUGUAUUGUCAUGACAGGGAAAAAUAAAGUUUUAUCUUUUCCAGAGUGUUUAAA